AUGUCAAUAUUUUCUUGGCCAACCCAUGGUUCCUACUAUUUAGGCCUCCUGGAGCCAGAAGACUUAGAAAUAUGUCCUUAUGACCCAAACCACAGGAUGCCAGCCAGCAGGUUACAGUACCAUCUGGCAUCAUGUAGAAAGAAAAAUCCGAAGAUAGCUAAAAAGAUGGCUAACUGCAAAUAUAAUGCUUGCCAUGUUGUCCCAAUCAAAAGGCUCAAGGAACAUGAGGCUAACUGUGUCAACAGAACUGCGAUAGAUGAUGGUGAGCAAGGGUGA